AUGGCUACAAUUCGUCGAAAGCUGGUAAUUGUCGGCGACGGUGCUUGCGGAAAGACGUGCCUUUUAAUUGUAUUUAGCAAGGAUGAUUUUCCUGAAGUUUAUGUUCCUACUGUUUUUGAGAAUUAUGUGGCUGAUAUUGAGGUUGAUCAACGGCAGGUUGAACUUGCUUUGUGGGAUACUGCUGGACAGGAGGAUUAUGACCGUCUUCGUCCUUUGAGUUAUCCGGAUACCAAUGUCAUCCUCAUGUGCUUUAGCAUCGAUUCGCCGGAUUCUCUUGAGAAUAUUAUUGAGAAGUGGACUCCGGAGGUUCGUCAUUUCUGUCCGAACGUCCCAAUUAUUCUUGAUCUUCGAAACGAUCCGCAGACUUUGAAAGAAUUGGCUAAAAGCAAGCAGGAGCCUGUGACUAGUGAAGCAGCGCAAGCUGUUGCUCAGCAAAUUGGAGCGUAUGCAUAUUUGGAAUGUUCGGCUAAAUAUAAGGAGGUAUAUAAAUUUUAUUUUUUUCAUAAAAUUAAUUUCUGGAACAAAUUGUAAGUAAGCUAGUGUUACAGAAUUUUCCAACUUUGUAAUUGGAAAAUUUUUAUUUUUCAUCUGGUUCUAUAGAACGAAUUCUUGGAAUUUUUAGAAUCCUACACUCUUAGGAAAUUUUGGGAAGAAAAGGAAAUAGAAAGGGGAACACGGUAAUAUUGAACCGGACAGACCCUCUUUUUUCUUUUGCAAAAUGGUCAGAUAAUUUCCUUCCAUCCAAAAAGGCUUUCUAAUUUUUGCCCACAAUCAGACAAAAAGGAUUAUUUAAUUUAUACAAGCGUAAGUACAUGCCAAAAACAAGUAAAAGGAGCACGGAAGGAAAGAGAAGUCUGACCAUUUUGCAAGAAUAUAUGGGAAAAUUGGGGAGGAAAAAAAGG